AACACUAGUUACUUGACAGCAACACUGUGGAUGAUUCAUCACUGAGCACUUUCAUAUGGAACUAAAACCAAGCACAUAUUGAUAAUCGACUAGUAUCAGAGGUGAAUGAUAACAGAGUGUUGAUACACUAAAAAGAGAGAGAUCAUGGCAGAGGCUAAAGAUGUUCAAGAACAACAAGACAAAUUUCUGCUCAAAAUUGGUCAUCAAUUAGGUAAGGAUCUGAAUCUUCUUGGCAUCCAUUUAGGCUUCACCAAUGCUGAGAUUGACAACAUCAAACAAAGUAAUCCCCAUGAUGCAAAGCAAUGGGGAUAUGAUCUAUUACAACAAUGGACUCGGAGACAACCAAACCAAAUGCAAUUGCUAGCUGAAGCUCUGAGGGACGUUGAUAGGAUAGAUCUUGCUGAAGAGGUGGAAAAAUAUGAAGCAAGUCACACUACUCCAAAAGCAUCUCCAGUUAAAAUUGGCCAGGGCAAGGGAAGAAAGUCUGGCGAAAAUGAUAUGACAUGCCAGAUACGUGUAGUAACAAUGGAUGUCAGUUGUGAUAUACAUGCUCAGAAGAUGUCUGAAAAACACGAAGACUAUGAUUUUCAAAAGCGCUUCAAGAAACAAUUUCAAGCUAUUGAAUCAUUGAAACCAGAUGUGGUAAAUCUUCAAGAGAUUCGCUAUAAAAAAAAUUUAGACUUGAUUAAAAGCUUGAAAGAGGACAAUUAUGUGGUGCAUCAUUUUAAAAACAAUGACUCUGAUAUGAGCUUUAAUAAUUGUAUUUGUGUUCGUAAAAAGGGAAAUUGGAAAGAAAUUACAUCAAAACAUUAUUGGACGACAAUUAUAGAUGGCAAGCCUGCCCUUAGCGAAGACAAAAAUGCACGCGUUCCUGCAAUAGAAGAACAAGACAUAAAGGGUGACCCACACGGACGAUGUGUAGGUGUAGUACUACUACAACACAAAGAAUUGCCAGAUUGUAAAAUUAUAAUCGCCACUACGCAUGUUGUACCUUUUGGCAAAACUAAAGCAAUACAGCAAAAAGCCAGUUUAUCAUUGGCUGAUAUGGCCUGUGACAUCGCAGGUGAAGACUGCAAUGUUAUUAUUGCAGGUGAUUUUAAUAUUUUCAAUGAUGAUCGCGAAAGUGGCACUUUUAGAGAAAUUGAAGAAUUUUCUGAGGAACAUAAAAUCAGAGAAAUUCCUUUGAAACGAUUACAUAUUCCGGGUCAAGAUGGCCGCCCAUAUGAAAUAGUUACAGACAUAAAUCAGAUUGGCACUUUCACUCCUUGGACUAGUGAUCCAUAUUCAACUGAAGUGUUUCAACAACCACUCGGUUUUUCAAAAUUAGAUGCCAUAUUUGCUUCCAAUUCUCUUGAAUGUAAAGAUGGAGUCGAUGUUAGGCCAGUUCUAAUGUAUAAGGGUUUGAAUAAUCUUGCUGAUAUGUCAGAUGAUGAGAAGGAUUACGAUAAAUAUCGAUACAUGUUCAAAGAUAGGCUAGCCUCGGAUCAUUUUCUACUUUCGGCUACUUUCUUAGUAAAGUGAUUGUCUUGAGUUCAAGAAAGACAUAAGUGUAGUCAUUCCACUGCACAUUUUUAUAGGAGUGGUAUCGAUAGGGUGAACUGAAUUCAACAAUGUUUUUCUCCUAAACCAAUUAUUUAAAACAUUCUUUAAAAAAACACAAUAAAAG